AUUUCUUAGUUAUAAGAAGAAGUAGUAUGUGGUUUCCUGUUUCAACAAUCGCUGCGGUUUGCGUUCUUAUCGAUGUUUCCGAUGGAAUGCGAUCUGAAAACGACCUGGAACUUGUUUUUAAAGAAAGAACACAUUCGGACUGGAGAAACGCCUGGCAUCAAGAGAAGCAUUCCAGGUGUAGGGGAGAUUUGGUGAAACACUUGUUCUGGGCAUGCGAAAAAGAUAUCUAUCGACUAACAAGAAGGAGCGAUCCCCGUUACAAAAGCUAUGACGAUUAUGAUAAUGAUGAUAUUGAGGUUGACUUUCCAUGGAAAUCUCCACGUAGAGCAAAACGAAUCCUUCGAUUUAGAAGGAGCAUCGAUCGCAGAUCAGGAUCUUCUAUAACCAACGAGUGCUGCAAAUCUACGGGUUGCACUUGGGAGGAGUAUGCCGAAUAUUGCCCUACUAAUAAAAGAUACACAUCAUAUGUUUGAUUCAAUCGGAUUUUAAAUGGCAAACUUAUUCAUUUUUUUUUAUAAUUAUUCUA